GUCCUCGCACACGGAGGAGACCAUGGGAGGGACAGCUCAGGAGAGCCCGGAGGACUGCCACUUUCUGGAUGCAGAAGCGUCCAAGACGUGGAAGAGGACCUGCACCAGAUCCCAGACCUGUGGACUGCUCUUCAGCGUGCUGCUCAUCUCUCUGAUCCUGAUAUUUUUUGGUGUCAAAUACCUUUGGAGCCCAACACCCAGAAAAGUUUAUGACAUGGAGCACACAUUCUUCAGCCAUGGUGAGAAGAAGAAGAUUGUGAUGGAGAUCGACCCUCUGGCCAGGACAGAGACCUUCAGGAGUGGGAAUGGCAGUGAGGAAAUCCUGGAGAUCCAUGACUUCAAAAACGGAAUAACUGGCAUCUUCUUUGUGGGACUUCAAAAAUGUUUCAUCAAAACUCAGACUAAAGUGUUACCUGAGACAACAGAGGCCAAGAUCCCCGAGCUUGAGGGAGAAGAAAUCACCACCACCUACUUUGAGCAGUCUGUGGUCUGGGUGCCUGGGGAAAAGCCCAUUCAGAACAAGGAGUUCCUGAAGAGCUCAAAAAUUUUUGACAUCUGCAGAAACGUGACCAUUUACUGGAUCCACCCAACGCCGAUUGCAGUUCCUGAGCUGGCCAAACUUGAAGGAGCAGAAGAAGAUGACCCUGAAGUGUUUGUAGACAACCAGAGCUGGUUGGAUGGGGAGAGCAAACACGAGGUGGAGAAGGACGUGCAGCCAGGACCCAAGCGUCAGGCACGGCAGCUCACGGAGGAGGAUCUGCCCAUCAAUGACUACUCGGAGAACGGGCUGGAGUUCCACCCGCUGUGGGACGAGCGCGGGUACUGCUGUGCCCAGUGCCGCCGCGCCAACCGCUACUGCCAGCGGGUCUGCGAGCCCCUCCUGGGCUACCAUCCCUACCCCUACUGCUACCAGGGCGGGAGGGUCAUCUGCCGGAUCAUCAUGCCCUGCAACUGGUGGAUUGCACGGAUGCUGGGCAGGGUUUAG